CUCUCUUUCUCUCUCUGAAAUUUUUUGGGGUUUGUUGAUCUGUCAGUUUGAAUGGGUUUGCUUGGCCUUUUCUUAUAAUGGUACGCUUCAUGACUCUCUCUCUCUCUCACAGGGUUCCCCUUACUCUGUGGGGAGCACUGGUUUGAAUAAGUAGAUUUAGAUUUCACCUUUAAACUUUGAAGAUUUUUGAAGAUUUUAAGGGGAGAGAGUGCCAAUCAAAGAUAAAGCUCCAAAAAGGUUGAAAAUUUUAAGAAAAAGGAGUAGUAGAAAAAGAUGGUGAAAACAUGCAUCAACACACCUUUGGUGUAUCAUUAUCUUGAUAUGUAAUCAUUUUCAGAUGCACAUACAAACCACAAAAAUCAUGGAAACAGCAAGACCCCAUUUUGUCUCAGACUGUGUUAUGGUUAUAGAGCCACUGAUCCGUAUGUUUAGGUAUACCUUAAUUAUGUUUUACCUGAACUAGAAAUCUUUUGUGGGAUUUGACUAGUUUGAACUUUGAACACACACAAACACAUCAAAUCAAAAGAGAGAUAUAUAAGGGCCCCUUGGACCAAAUUUUCACUGCAUGACGCCACUCUUCUUGAUCUUUUCUAGAGACUAGCUCUCUCUCUCUCUCUCUCUCUCUCUCAAACACAAGCACACACACCCUCUCUCUCACUCGUUUGUGUGUUGCUUGCAUGCAUUUGGUUGAUGGCUGAACAAGGGGGUAAUAGUAUAAUGAGGGACUAUAGGAAAGGGAACUGGACGCCAGAUGAGACAAUGAUUUUGAUUGAUGCAAAGAAGAUGGAUGAUGAGAGAAGAACGAAGAGGAUUAGUAGUGGGGACACUAGUAGUGAAGGUAGGAGCAAAUCUAUAGAGCCAAGAUGGAAAUGGGUUGAAGAUUAUUGUUGGAGAAAAGGGUGUUUCAGGAGCCAAAACCAGUGCAAUGACAAGUGGGAUAACCUUAUGAGGGAUUACAAGAAAGUGAGGGACUAUGAGAGGAGGAUAGCUGAGAGAGGAGAAGGAAACAAUGUUGAAGGGUCAUAUUGGAAUAUUGAGAGGAAUGAGAGAAAAGAGAGGAACUUGCCCACCAAUAUGUCCCCUCAGAUAUAUCAGGCUUUGGUGGAGGUUGUGGAGAAGAAACCAGGAGCAAUUGUAAGUCAAAGGGUUGUGGUUGGUACUAGUGGUGUGCCUAUGUCUGUAGCUUCCAAUCCCAAUAUUGGCUUUGUGAUGGACAGACCUGCUUCUUUGCCUCUAGCACAGCAUCACAUCUCUUCUACUACUACUCCACCUCCAACAUUAGCACUACCAGCAUCAGCAGCACCUACUCUUCCUCCACUGCCAUCACCAGCAGCACCAAUUCCUGCUCUAACAUAUUCUCAGCAUACGCCCACAAUGUGUGAUAGCUCAGAUUCUGAUACGAGUGAGCAUUCAGACUCACCAGCAAAGAGAAGGAGAAAAGGAGGUGAAAGUGGAGAGGGGACCAGUGGCACUGCAAAUGCAAGCAGCUCAUCACAUGAAGUGGGCACUGCCAUUUCCAAAAGCGCUUCUAUCAUAGCAGAAGCCCUUCAAGCAAGCGAGGCGAGAGAAGAAAGGAGGCACAGAGAACUUUUGAAUUUGCAUGAGAGAAGGCUGAAGAUUGAGGAAUCUAAGACAGAAAUCAGUAGGCAAGGCAUUAAUGGCCUUGUUGAUGCUAUCAACAAGCUGGCAGAUUCCAUCCAUGCCUUGGCUUCCCACAAGACCCAAUCAGCUCCAAAAUGAUCUUACUUUACUAGUAAAUAAACAUUAUUAAUAUGCAUUUAAUUAUAGCUAAGAAUUAAGAUAGAGAGAGAGAGAGAGAGAGCAAAAGAGAGAUUUUAAUCCUAUUUUGUUGGGUGUACAUAAAUUCUAAUCUCAUUUGUGCAUGCUCUAUUUCA